AUGAAGUUGAAAUAUUUAACUUUGUUAUUGAUUUUACAAUCUGUUGAAGGUAGUCCAUUGAAUUUUGAUUGGUUUAAAAAAGCUGGUGACUCUUUAACAGGUCAAGAUCAAUAUAAUAAUGGGACAAGUACAGAUUCAUCUACAUCAUCUUCAUCAACAUCUGAUAACAACCCUUGGAAUUUGGGUCAAGAUUCUUCAACAUCAACUGAUCAAACUUCAAGUUCAAAUCCAGUUCAACCUUCAAGUGUGAAUUAUUUUGCAUCAAGUACCGAUGAAGGUCAACAAGGUCAAAGUUCAACAACUUCAGAUACUACUACAUCAAGUACUGAUAAUCAACAACAAUGGUCUUCAUCUCAACAACCUGUUAAUCCAUCAACUACAAACCUAACCCCAUCAAGUACACAAGGUAAUACAGAUACAAACACUUGGACAAGUUCAACUCAACAACAAGAUCAAGCUCAAGAAUCAUCAAGUACUACACAAGCUCAAAGCUCUACAAGUCCUACACAAGAUGAAAAUCAAGGAGAAAGCUCUACUACUCCAGCUGAAUCAAGUACUCAACAACAAGAACCAAGUUCUUCAGCUGCUCCAGCACCAACUCCAAGUUCUACUACACCAACCCAAGAAGCUCAAAUUUCAUCAUCAACACCAGAACAACAACAAUCAUCAACUGAAGAACAACAAGCAGUUUCAUCAACUACACCAGAACCAACUCCAACUCCAAGUUCAUCAAUUCAACAGGAUACAACAACUCAAGAACAACAAAGCUCAUCAGCUGCUCCACAACCAGAAAGUAGUACAACUGAAGAACAACAAGCUGAAUCAUCAUCAGUUGCACCAGCUCCAGCAAGUAGUACAACUGAAGAACAACAAGCUGAAUCAUCAUCAGUUGCACCAGCUCCAGAAAGUAGUACAACUCAAGAACAACAAGAUUCCUCUGCUUCAGAACAGGUUAACAGAGCUGCAUCAAGUUCAACAACUGAAAAAGCUGAAAGUUCAAGUGCUGCUGCUGCUUCAUCUGCUCCAACUCAAGCAGCUUCAAGUACAACUGAUGGUACAACAUCAUCACCAACUACUACUACAUCAUCAAGUGAGAAUUUCUUCCAAUCAUUAUUUGGUCCAGCUAAUUCUUCACCAUCUUCACAAACUACAACUUCCACAACACCAACACCAAGUUCUUCAGCUCCAACUCAAGCAGCUUCAAGUACAACUGAUGGCACAACAUCUUCACCAACUACUACUACAUCAUCAUCAAGUGAGAAUUUCUUCCAAUCAGUAUUUGGUCCAGCUAAUUCUUCACCAUCAUCACAAACAACUACAUCAACUACUCCAACACCAAGUUCUUCAGCCCCAACUGAACAAGUUCAAAGUUCAACUACUCCAGCUGAAAGUUCAACUGGUGCCAGUACUACUGAUGCUACUACUACACAAUCUGAAGUUCCAAGUUCUUCAAUCAAUCAAGUUGUCUCUGGUACUGAUUCUACCACUUCAAGCCCAACUGGUUCAAGUACUACACAAGAAGCUGGUCAAUCAUCAACUACUCAAGAAUCUACAACAUCUUCACAAAAUGCAGUCAAUUCAUUUUUUUCAUCAUUAGUCAAUCCAAGUGAUACUACAACUGCUAGCUCAGCAUCUGUUACAAAUUCACCAGAAGGAUCAACUACUGAAACUACUCCAUCAAGUGAAACUGCUACAACUUCAGCUACUACUGAUUUGAGUUCAAAUGUUGCUGCUCAAUCUUCAUACUUGUCAUCAACUUCACCAACAGAUGCUGGUUCAUCAACAACUGCUUCAACAACUACAGGUACUUCUGAUGCUGCUGAAUCUUCACAAGUAUCAAGUGCCAUUUUACCAAAGAGUAAUGAUCCAUUUGCAGGUUCAUCAAGUGUCUUCGGCUCUUCAGAAACUACAGCUACUUCAGAAACUGGUACUAGCUCUCCAACACCUUCUGCUUUAUCCUCAUCAGCUGCUUUUAUUGGUCCAUCUCCAUCCUCAUUAGCUUCAUCUACAGAAAGCACAACUGGUUCACCAUUACCUUCAGCUGUAUCAUCAUCAGCCAUUAUUGGUCCAUCUCCAUCUUCAUCAGCUCUUCUUUCAGAAAGUACAACUGAAUCACCAUCACCUUCAGUUGCAUUAUCAUCAGCUCCUAUUGCUCCAUCUCCAUCAUCAUCAGCUCCUGUCUCAGAAAGUACAACUGCUUCACCAGCUGCAUCAUCAUCUGCCUUCAUUGGUCCUUACCCAUCUUCUUCAUCAAUUAAUACUGUUGUUUCAAGUUCUUCAACUGCUGAAGAUGCUGGCCAAUCAUCAUCAUUUGUUAUUGCUCCAUCAUCAGUUACUUCAGAAGGUUUGACUGCUUCAUCUGCAUCAUUAGCAUCAGCUACAAGUAUUGUUACUCCAUCUUCAUACUCCAUUUCAGCUGAAAACAAUACAACCUCAACUGUUGCAACUAAUGAAUCAUCAGCCUUCAUUGCAUCUAGUGCCCCUGCUGCUUUGAGUUCAAGUUUAGCUAUUGCUAGUGAAUCUUCAGCUUUGGCUUCAUUGGAAUCAUCUUCAAUCCCAACUGCUGAAGCUAGUGAAUCUGUUAACACAACAACAGCUGCUCUUACUUCAAGUGCACCACUUAUUGCUUCAAGUGAAAGUGUCAGUGAAGCUUUAGCAUCUUCUAGUUCAAUUGCAAUUGCAGAAUCAUCAAGUAUUGAAUCAGCUGCUGGUUUAUCUUCUGCUAUUAUAGAAUCAAGCUCAGCUCCAGUUGUUCCUUCAUCAUCAAUCGAACCAAGUAUUGAAUCUUCUUCAAUCAUUCCAGUUUCUUCAUCUGCUACUCCAUCAUCUAUCAUUUCAAAUGAUACCACAUCAGCUGCUGUUUUACCUUCUUCCUCUACUCCAGUUGUUGCUUCAAGCAGUGCAGCUCCUGAAUCAUCUGAAGUUAUUCCAUCUUCUUCAAGUCCUGUUUCAUCAGAAAUUAUUCCAGCUGAAUCAUCAGCACCAGCUUCAUCAGAAAUUGUUCCAACUUCAUCAGCUGCUUCAUCAGCUAUUCCAUCAGAACCACUUUCAUCAGAAAUUAUUGCUUCAUCAUCAAUUGCACCAGCUCCAUCAUCAGAACCUAUUCCAGCUGGUGAAUCUAGUGCAGUAUCUGCUUCAUCAGCUCCAGUUCCAGCGGCUUCAAGUGUUGCAAGUGAACCUACACCAGCUCCAUCAUCAGAUAACUGGUUACCAACUACUUUAGUUACUGAAGCUGCUACUACAGCUCAUACUGAAUCAACUAGUGGUGCUUCAAGUGCAAGUUCUCAAGCUCCAGCCACUGCUACUUCAUCAUUACCAAGAGCUAUUGGUCCAGAUACUGUCAGUGAUGUUCCAAAAAAUUAUCAAUUGAUUACUGUUGGUUUCAAACAAGCUUGGAAUUAUCCAUUUGUUGUUAAAAACUCAUUAGCAAGUGCUCAAAUCUUCCAAUAUUUACCAGAAGUUUUAAACAAUCCAUUUGAAAAGGUUGCUGCUAAUACUAGUGUUUUACAAUUGGUUCCAUUAAGUACAAGUGAUCUUCCAUAUAUUAUUACUGUUGCUGAAGUUUACUUCCCAAGCUCUGAAGUUUCUAAAUUACAACAAUAUAUUUUGGAUUCCAGUUCAGGUGUUUAUAAAACUGAUGACCCUACCAGUAGAGCUUUGAGUCAGUUGAUUGAUCCAUCAAUCCCAUUGACUGGUAUUUUGGACAAAUUACAAAGCUCAGGUUCACCUCAACAAGGUUCUUCUUCUAAAAAAGGAGACAGUGAUUCAUCAGAUGGUAACUCUGGUGCUAUGGAAUACUCAGCAGAUCCAAGCUCAGAUGAUCCUAAAGGUAAAGGACGUCUUGCAGGUAUUACAAUUGGUUCAGUUGUUGGUGGUACUGUUUACAUUUCAAUCUUCAUUUUGGCUGUUCGUUUCUUUAUCAAUAAGAAACGUAUUGUAUUAGAAUCACGUUCAAAUUCAAUCCUGCCAAUGUCAAAUAAUGCAUCAACAGAAUCAUUCAAUACUGUUCAAUAUGGUGCUGGUGUUCGUUUACCUUCAUCUUCAUCACAAUUACCAACAAGAGGAUCACAAUUUUCUGCACCUGAAAUGCAACAAGUUGAUAAUUACGUUCCAAGAAUUUCAGCACCAGUUGCAGCUCAAAAUUCAUUAGGUUGGAGUUGA